UAAGCCUAGUGGGUGCCGUUUCCUAACUCCCAGGGCCCUUAACAUUUAGUUCACAAUUGUAGUCAUGAAUGUUAGUGUGACUUAAGCAGAAUCUCGCUUUAUAGCUUCACAAUACGUGAUUGUUUUCAUGUAAAGGCUGAAGUUUGAAGCCACAAGCGAAGGAUAAUAAGACGAGCUCUCUGGAAGUGCUGAGAGUGGACUUUUGAUGAAGCAGGCAUCUACAGGAGGGCGGAGUCCUUAUCUCGGAGAUGUCAGGUUUCCCACAGUCAGUUACAGUCACUCCUUUCUUACACCUACGCUGUUUUUACCCCGUCUCAUUAGUAAAGACAUGGAAACAGCACAGCUGCCAGAGUCCAGGGUUUUGAAGGAGGACCUUCGGUGCUUAAUUGCUGACAGCUCUAUUGCAUCCUGUAAGGCCUAUCCAAAGAUCCUUUCUACGGCAGCUGGAGAGAUGAUGGUUCAGCGGCUAAGAGCUUGUCAUUGCCCUUGUAAGAGGACGAGGACCAUGUCACUGGAGUUUGGCAGUGUAGCCCUGCAGACACAGAAUGAAGAUGAAGAAUUUGACAAAGAAGACUACGAGAGGGAAAAAGAGUUGCAGCAGCUACUCACAGACCUCCCUCUGGACAUGCUGGAUGAUGACCUCUCCUCUCCUGAGCGCCAUGAUUCGGACUGCAGUGUGGACGGCCUAGUGGCAGAACUGCAUCCUUCUGAGCAACUGGAGAGGAAGUGGAUGGAGCGUGACUAUGACGUACUGCCCAGAUCUCACAUCGUGAAUUGUGGCAAUGGCUGGGAAGAAAAUCAAAGUAAAACUGAAGACCAGCAUCUCGGGUACCAUCCCGGAGAAGGCGGGGAUGAGGGCGGAAGUGGCUAUAGCCCUCCAAGUAGACCCGAGCCGGCAGAUUUGUAUCACCUUCCCGAAGACUUUAGGCCGUACACCGGUGGUCAGAAGCAGGAAUUUCACAAGCAGGCAGCUGGAGUCAUUACCUUUUCAGAUCCUCAGAGGGACAAGUGUCAGGGACCCAGCUGCCAAGCUUUGGAGCCAUAUAAAGCAGUCUAUAAACCUUACCAAUCUUCUGGCCAGAGCGGUAGCUCACCAGCCCAGGAGAUGGCAGCAAGUGACAUGUUUGAAGGCCUGCAGCAACAAUUUUUAGGAGCUAAUGAAACAGACUCUGCAGAAAAUAUACAUAUUAUUCAACUCCAGGUUCUUAACAAAGCGAAGGAGAGACAACUGGACAGCUUAGUUGAAAAGCUGAACGACAGUGAGCGCCAGAUUCGGUAUCUGAACCACCAGCUUCUAAUAAUCCAAGAUGAGAAGGAUGGCUUGACCCUCAGCCUUCGGGAAUCCCAGAAACUCUUUCAGAAUGGAAAGGAAAGGGAGAUCCAGCUUGAGGCACAGAUAAAAGCGCUAGAGACCCAGAUUCAAGCGUUCAAAGUCAGUGAAGAAAAGUUGACCAAGAAGGCCAGAACAACUGAAGUCACCCUGGAGAGCCUGAAACAGCAGCUGGUGGAGCUCCAUCAUUCUGAAUUCCUUCAGCGAGCCCGGGAACAGCACGAGAGCAUUGUCACGGGCCUCACACAGAAGUACGAAGAGCAGGUGGUAUCCUUACAGAAGAAUUUGGAUGCGACCCGAACCGAACUUCAGGAGCAGGAAAGCGUUUGCGCUCGGUUAAAGGAUCACGUGCAGCAGCUGGAGAGGAGUCAAGAGGCUGUCAAAUUAGAGAAGACGGAGCUCAUUAACAGGCUGACGAGAAGUCUAGAGGACAGUCAGAAGCAGUGUGCCCACCUGCUGCAGUCAGGCUCCAUGCAGGAGGUGGCUCAGCUACAGCUACAGUUGCAGCAAGCACAGAAGGCCCACCUCUUAAGUGAGAGCAUGAAUAAGGCUUUGCAAGAGGAAUUAACAGAGCUUAAAGCUGAGAUUUCUCUCUAUGAGUCUGCUGCAGACCUCGGAGUACUUCCAGGUGACUCAGAAGGAGACUUGAGUGUAGAGCUCACUGAAUCGUGUGUGGACUUGGGCAUUAAAAAAGUCAAUUGGAAACAAUCCAAAGCUAACAGUACUGCACAGCAAGAAGCCCCAAAGGAAGAGCUUUCGAAGGAUGAGCUUAUCGUGAAGUUGAAAGCCCAAGUUCAGCACUUGCUGAAUAGCAACUCCGUGAAGCGUCGUCUGGUGUCUCAGCUACAGAGAGAUCUCAAAGACUGCCGUGGGCUAACAGAAGCUCUCCAGCAGUCGAAGGAUGGCUACAAAGGCGUGGAGACUAAAACAGAUACCUCUGAAAAAACAACUGAUCAGUUAUGGCUUGAUUCUUCUGAGGCAACUGUCAGAGAAGAUAUUCUGCGUCUGAAGAAUGAAGUUCAAGUUUUACAGCAACAGAACCAGGAACUUAAAGAAGCUGAAGAGAAACUGAGAAGUACAAACCAAGACUUGUGUAAUCAGAUGAGACAGAUGGUACAGGACUUUGACCACGAUAAGCAGGAGGCUGUGGCUAGGUGUGAGAGGACUUACCAGCAGCACCACGAAGCCAUGAAGGCUCAGAUUCGAGAGAGCCUUUUAGCGAAGCACGCUGUGGAGAAGCAGCAUCUCUUUGAGGUCUAUGAGGGGACCCAGUCACAGCUCAGGUCUGACCUCGAUAAGAUGAACAAGGAGAUGGCUUCUGUGCAGGAGUGUUACCUGGAAGUAUGCAGAGAGAAGGAUGAGCUGGAAUCUGCCCUCAGGAAGACCGUGGAAAAGGCUCAGGAGCAAAAGAGGCAGCUUCUGGAAGACAGAGAAGAGUAUGUAGGCAAACUGAAGUUAGAACUUGAGGAGAAGUACCAAGAAACUCUUAAGACGGCGAAACAGAAUUGGCUGAAAGAGCAAGAAGCUGGCGUUAAAGAGCGGGCCGAGGAAGAGAAACAGAACAGACAAAAACUCAUUCAACAGCUGGAAAAGGAGUGGUGGUCCAAACUGAACCACAGAGUAAAGACCCCGAGAAAGGCAACUUCUGACUCCGGCAGUCAGACCGACCAGGUGGCCCUUCCGGAUGCCGUGUCUAAGGCAGAAGCAGCGGUCCAGGCAGAGGAGCAGGCUCACAAGGUCCAGCGGGAGUUGGAGCAGGAGAAGGAGAUUGCUGUCAAGGAAGCUCUGAGGAAGCUUGAAGUUGAGUUGGAGCUCAAGUACUGUGAGAGUAUUACGCAACAGGUGGAAACAGCUGUGCAGAAUGCCCGCAGUCGCUGGCUGCAGGAGCUGCCCAAGCUUGCAGAGUACAAGGCACUGCUGAGAACCCAGCAGCAGGAGUGGGCAGAGCAGCAGGAGCUGGCGGUGGCCCAGAGGCUGUCACUUGUACUCUCUGAAGCUAAAGAGAAAUGGAAAAGUGAGCUUGAAAAUAUGAAACCACAUGUAAUACCUGUCAAGGAACUGGAAGAGAAAAUUCACUCUCUCCGGAAGGAACUGGAGUUGAAGGAUGAGGAAGUCCCUGUGGUUGUCAGGGCUGAGUUGGCUAAGGCCCGAACUGAAUGGAACAGAGAAAAACAGGAAGAAAUCCAUAGGAUUCAAGAACAAAAUGAGGAAGAUUACCGGCAGUUUCUAGAUGAUCAUCGGAAUAAAAUUAAUGAGGUACUUGCGGCAGCGAAAGAGGACUUUGAGAAGCAGAAAACUGAGCUACUUCUUCAGAAGGAGACAGAGUUCCAGGCAUGUCUGGACCAGAGUCGCAGGGAGUGGACACUGCAGGAGGCUGAGCGGACGCAACUGGAAAUCCGUCAGUAUGAGGAUGACAUCCUCACUGUGCUGGAGUUCCUCCUAAGGGACACCCAGAAGGAGUUUGCUGGUGACUCCCAGGGCAGGCAGCUUUUGGAAGUCAUGUCAGUUUGUUCUUCAAAAUGGGUAUCUCUGCAGUAUUUUGAGAAAGUAAAAGCCUGCAUACAAAAAGCCUUUCAAGAUACGCUGCCCUUGCUCACAGACAGUAUUGUCUCCGAGUGGAAAAAGAGAAAUGUGGUCAAGACCUCUGCAGAUCCUGUCAGCUGGAACCCUGGCCAGGGAGACCCUGGAGUCCCAGUAUUCCUUCCUGUCUGCACCUCUGGACGCUGUGCUCAGCCCUUGGCCUUGCCAGAAGCGGGAGCGGGAACUGAUAAAAAGAUCUUUGAAAUUAAAGAUUGGUGCUGUGGACACUGCUUCCGAGAACUUGAAAGGGAAACGCAGGAGUGUCGAGAUCUGAAAAGGAAGCUGGAGAAGUGCCGUAGGCACCUUCAGCAUUUAGAAAGGACGUACAAGGCUGCAGUGGAGAAACUUGGAGAAGAGAACAGCAGAGUGGUUGAAGAAUUAAUAGAAGAAAACAAUGACAUGAAGAAUCAAUUGGAAGCAUUGAGGGGCCUUUGCAGAUCACCACCACGGUCACUGUCGGAAGGAGCCAUUGAGAGCGAGUGGCUGCCAUGCAGUAGGCAGGCCUUGGAAGAACUCCGUGGACAGUACAUUAAAGCGGUCAAAAAAAUUAAACGUGACAUGCUUCGAUACAUUCAGGAGAGCAAGGAAAGAGCCGCAGAAAUGGUGAAGGCGGAAGUGCUGCGGGAACGGCAGCAAACUGCCCGCAAGAUGCGCAAGUAUUAUCUGACUUGCCUUCAGCAGAUCCUGCAGGAUAACGGAAAGGAAGAGGGAGCUGAGAAGAAGAUUAUGAAUGCUGCUAGCAAACUCGCUACAAUGGCAGAGUUGUUGGGAACAAUCGCAGAGUCAGACUGCGGAGUCAGGUGUGCGCAGGCAGGCCACUCAGAUGUUGACCGCCUACACUCAGAUGCUCACCGGCUCAAUGAGAGGAGGCUUAUACCUUGGAGGAAACUGGAAGUCAAAUUUAAUACACUGAAGAAAGAAGGGCCGUCGGGGGUGGUGGAUCACACCUGUAAUCUGAGGCAGAAGAAUUUCCUUGAGUUUGAAGGCAGCCUACUGUACAGCCACCAGGGAUUGACGGACACAUUCUUCAGCUUCAACACUCUCCUAUGACCGGGGCCUCUGAGGAUUUUCCUGGGAUUAUUUAUCAUAUAGACUGUUCAUUUGGUGACUCAAGCUUUAUACAAAAAUAUAUGUGACUAUUAAGUCUGCUACCAUAAAACGACUGCAUCAGGAGUAGAUUUCUAGCCAUUUAGUGUUGUGUUGAAGGAAAUGGAAAUAACAUGGGUUUCUGUUCCCGAGUCUUUUACUUCGUGUUUUCUCCUCUUCUGUGUUUCCAUUUCUUUCUUGUCAUUCUAUUUUUAAUUUCUUCUUGAUAUUUUCUUCUUUUUGUCUUUUAUUUUGUUUCUAUUAUUUCUUUUGUUGUCUUUCUUUUUUCUUUCUUUUCCUUUUUAAAAAAUUGACCUAAAAAAAACAGGAAAAAAAAAAAAACUUUUUUUUUUGUCUAAUACAGAAAGUGAUUUAAUAAUAUCUAUUUAGAAAAUUAGUCUAUCUAUCACUAACUAGGACAAUGAGGUUCAAUGUCCUUGGGAUUAUAUCACAUUUAUUGGGUAAUGAUUUUCACAUAAUAACUGCUCAUUAAAUUGUUUCUUUUGAAUGAAACUUCAUUAAAAAUUCCAGCUCUGUGGUGAGCACAUUGUGAGAUCAGAAUGUUGCCAAGCAGACUGUACCUGUGAGUCAGUCAGCCUAACCCGAACUGACAGAGAAACUGAUGGAAUGUUAAUUGAUAGCAGCUGGGUGACUGGCAGGCCGGCUGGGCCCGGACAGGGCCAAGGAUCUCUCAGCAACUAUAAAACUUAGAUUUGUCAAAGACCCCAGAGGCUUUUUAAUGAGAAUGACCUCUGGUUAAAACUCGAGUAAAGGGGAAAUAAAGAUAGCGAUUUGGGGACUUUGGAUCUAGCAUAUUUUCCACUUAAUAGCUGCUGACUUAGAAGAUAAAACUCAUGGAAUUCGUAUAGCCAUUCUGGCUUGCCUUUAAUGAUCUCAGAACCCGGUUAGGUGGGCUCAUGACCCGUUGCUUAGCUACACUGGAAACAUACACACACGGGAAUGGGGGUUGGGGGGUGAGGGCGAGACAGGAAGAGUCCCAGAAUGCAAAGCAGUGCUUUUAGUACCUUGGCUGAGGGGGAAAGCAGGUUGUGGUGAUUGGAUUUGCCUCUUAGAGGAGUCCUAGCGGGGCAGCUUGGCUGCAGUUGGAAGACUUGGGGAUGGGCUUGUGGGAAAUACAAUCAGGAAGCGUGCCUCACCAGCUGGAUGCGCACCAGUAAGACCCCGCCCCCAAUCUGUGAAUGACUCUAAGUUGAUACCGGAAUAAAGCACCAAGGCUAAACUUCGCACUGGUUCCAGGGCAUCUUUUUGUGGGGGCUCUGAACAGCUUCCUCCUGGGGCUUGAAAGUCCCUGAGGAGUCAGUGGUCACCUUGUCCAUUAAAUGAGAACGACUGGCCUGCAUGUGUGAAGCUGGAUGUUCACCUUGGUGACAAUAUGCUAGUCAGAGUUGGGCUCUGCUUGAGACGCUCGUGUAGUCGAGUGUUAGGAUGUAUGCAGAUGGGCUGUUGGAUUUGUCUUGUCCUUCCCUGUACACAGCUUCAUUCCUGUGGCCUUUGAAGGCAGAUUCUUGACAGCAUUGCAUUUUAUCUGUAGAUACCUUAGAAUUCUGGCUACUCUUGAGAAGGGUCAAGGCUGUAUCUAGUUUUCUCUCAGAGGAUACCACAUGACAUAAACCCAAUCCAUGUUACUUCCUCCCCAUCUGCUUCCGCAAGCACAUCAUCGCUCUCUCUCUCUAUGUGUUGGGCAUAAUAGGUGCUUCUCAGUGCGAGCUUAUUGUAUGCGCCCGUCAGUUUUCAGGGAGUCAGUGUGUGAAGAGCAGCUCCACCUCCAUAUGUACCUAAGAAAUGCCCCUCUCUGCAGUUAGAAGUGCCGGGGGCUGUCGCUCAUUGGACCACGGCAAGUGCUUUACUGAGUCGUCCCUCAGUGCUUCGAAGCUUUAUUACUCUAAAUUUGGGUGAUUGUUUUCUGUACAAGCAUCCGAGGGGGCAUACUUAUGAGUUUGCAAGUGUGCAGGAAGACUUGUGUGAGGGCCUGUGGAGGCCAGAGGUCAGUGCCCAUGUGUCCUCCCCAGUCUCUCUUCACCAAACCCGGAGCUUGCCAUUUUGGCUAGGCCGAAUGGUUAGUGAGCUUUAGGGAAUUGCCCGUCAUCGUCCCCUCUUACCGUGUCCAUGUCUGCCUCCCACGUCAGGGUUACAGAUACUGGGGACUGUGUAUGUGGACACUGGGGAUCGGGUCUCAAGUCCUCAUGCUUACAUGGCAAGCAUUUUACCCACUGAACCGGGUCCCUCAUUUUCCCCUUCUUAGGAAUAUUUUUGGUCAAUAUAUUCCCAAGGAAUGAGACUGUGGAUACAAUGCAAUAUAUUGAAUGGCUGGUUCUUUCUUCAGUAGUAUAAGGUCCCUCUGGUUUCCAGAGUAAUUUCUAAAAUAUAUAUUCCUAGACCUUUUAUCCUGCUCUUUCAUUUGCAAAAUUCUGCUACCAGUAUUGCACACUAUGAUCAUUUAGAUAGCAAGAAUAAACUUGAAUAUCUGACUGAUGUGGUCCUGGGAACCAAACCCGGGUCCUCUGUAAGGGCAGUCAGUGCUCUUAACCACUGAGCCAUCUCUCCAGCCCCACAGCCCUCUCUGAGUACAUGCUUCCAGAGGCCUAGAAACCACCCUUUAGGCUCUGCCUCUCAAAGGCUGUAUUAUCUACUGACAGCACCAUGAGCUGAAGACCAAGCCUUUAAGACAUGACCUCCGGGGAAAUUCUAGAUGUCAGUACUCCAAGUGGUAGUCCAGGUGUUUUGGAGAGUCAUAGGAUAUUUGACUUUUCGUUUUCCAGACACAUAUAUACCUGUUUUCCUGUUCCUUCUCCCUCUUCUUCUUUUCUCCUCCUCCUCUUCUCUCCCCCCUCUCCUCCCCCCUCCUCCCCCUCCUCCUCUCCCUCCUUCUUCCCCUCUUCCUCCUCCUCUUCUUUUCUCCUCUUCUUCCUCCCUCCCCCCUUCGUCUUUUCAUCUCUAAUUGUACUGACUGGCACUUCUAGAAUGGCACUGGUUAAGAGUGACGGCAGCAUCGUUCCUGCCUUACAUCUGAUUGAAAAGAGAAUGCUUUUGUAGCAGUGUUUCCCAGAGUUUCUUAAGGUGUUGUUUACUUUAAAAGGGAAGAGUCCUGACUACAGCUGCCCCUCUCUCUACUCCUCCCAGUUCCCCUCCCAUCCGGAUCCACUCCCUUUCUGUCUAUCAUUAGAAAAGAACAGGCUUCUAAGAGAUAACCACAACACAUAACAAAAUACAAUAUGAUAGAUAAAACAAAAACCAUCACAUCAAAGCUGAACAAACCAAGCCAACAGAAAAAUAAAAGAGCCCCAAGAGAAGGCCCAAGAAUCAGAGACCCACUCGUUCACACACUCAGGAGUCCCAUAAACACACUAAACCGAAAGCUAUGCUAUAUGUGAAGAGGACUGGGUGCAGACCUGUGCAGGCCCUGUGCUGCUCCUUCAGUCUCUGUGGGCUCAUGGGAGCUUUGCUCAGUUGGUUUAGAGAACCGUAAAGAGUCUGAAAUAUCAGUAGAAAAGAGAUGUGUGGUUAGCUUCUGCUUCUGCUUCCCAGAUGCCUUUAGUAAUCAUGAACUUCUCAUCCAUUUUGUCUGCAGUAUUUGCCUGACCAAUCCCAACAUGGCUAAGCAUUCUAAUGGCUGUUACUUUUUGUUUGUUUGUUUUUUUGAGACAGGGUUUCCUGUGUAGCCCUGGCUGUCCUGAAAUUCACUCUGUAGAUCAGGCUGGCCUCAAACUUUGAUUCCUAUUUGACUACAAUUAAAUGCUAAAUUUAUCAGAUAUAUUUUUAGUUUUCAAUCAAGAUGAUUGAAUAUCUUUUUCACUUGCCCAAUGUGCUCAAUCAUAUUAGUAUAUAAUAUUAGUAUAUAUUUGUUAUUAAACCAUCCUUGAAUUCCUAAAAGAAACCAUUCAAUGAUUGUGGGUUUUUUUUCCCUUACUGUCCCUCCAUAUUUUGCUUACUACUAUUAUAUUUAAGGUUUUCCAAUUCUUUUUUUUUUAUCUAAUUUAUUUUUCAAUACUAUUCAGUUCUACAUAAUAGCCUGGGCUCGUUGCAUGAGGUUUUCCAAUUCUUACGGUCGGAAGUUAUAAUAAUCUCUAGUUUUCUUUGAUAUGUCGAUAUCAGCUCAUACCAGCUUCAUAAAAUGAACUAGAGAUUUCCCACACUUUGCGUAAACUCCAUGGGGCGUCAACAAGGUCUGGCACAUGCCAGAUCUCACUUCAUCUUAACUCAGUCACAUUUGCAACUUGGUUUGUCCAGUAGAAUAUGAUGGGAGUAAUAUGUGCAGUUAAAAAGCCCAGACCCUAAAUUGGCUGGUGCAUUUUCUUCUUAUUCUUAGAAAUCUGCUGUUUCUAUGUGAAUCACCCAAAGCUGGCCUGCUGGGAAAUGAGAGACCACAUGAAGUAAGCUAGUAGCCCACCCAAGACUGUUCUAGACCAGCCUGGAGUCAGACACAGCCUAAACAAGAUCCCAGAGCCGUCUAGCUAGCCAGUGGGGACUGCAUGGAACAGAUCACCUGACACACAGGAGCAGUAGUAUGCACGUUGCCAUAGCUGUAUUUGUUAUGCAGCAGAGGCUUGCUAAUACAGUUCUGUGUCUUUAGAGGAAAAGCUUUUACAUAGAGACUUGAAAGUGCAUUGCAAUACUUUCAUCUGACAUUUUCUUAUGAGUUUUUACAGUUUUUAAGUGAAUUACCCUUCCCGGAUUCUAAUGGUUUUACUUGCUGAGCUUUCUGUGUGAGUACACAUUUAUUCCAACAAAGUUUUGUAUGGUUUUAAUCUUAAAAAAAAAAACCCAAAUAUAUACCUAUCUAUAAUUUAUCUAUAUUAAAUGUAGACUUCUAAUAUAUAAUUGUUUGCUAUUUUUAAAGAUUUAUUAUUGUUAUUUAUUUUAUGUUCUAAAUAAAAUUUUAAGAAAGAA